UGAGCAGGCUGGUAACGGUGUCGGGGAGCUUCCUUGGGGAUCUCUCCGGCCUGGCUGGAAGAGGAGUUGCUCGCCUCCCUUCCCAGCGAGGGUUGGCAAGACCUGGGGGGAAGACCAGGCUCCGAGUUUUGUGCAGAACAGAGACCCGGAGGGGUGCCCAGUGCCUCCUUUUGGGAGCAGGGUCGGGUUUUGCAGUGUGGCGCUGAGCCCAGCGCGGGGGAGGCCGUGGGACAGGGUCCGUGCGGGCGCCAGGCCAUGGCUGGCGUGGCCGUGACACCACCCCACCGCUUUCCCCCCGCGACUCCAAUUGCAGGCGGCCAGGAAGUGAGAUCACGGCUCGGGCGGUUUAAGGGAGGCCGGGAGCCCACGGACACCCAGCAGGGCCGGGGCAGGGUCCGCUCCCACCCCACCGGGGAUCCUGCACCCACUGCCAUGGGUCAGGGCAGGCUCCGUCUGGGGCUGGCCUGUUGCCUCCUGCUGCUGCUGCUGGGGGGCUCCGGGGGGCUGGGGAGCCAAGGGGUGGCGCGGGGGCCCUGGGAGGAGGAGCAGGGCUCUGUGGCGGAGGGGGGACCGUGGGGCAGGGCGAGGUACGAAGCCGUGAAGAAGCACUUGGGAGCUGUGAGUGCUCUCUCCAAGCAGUAUUGGCAGUACCUGGCGUGCAAGGUGUGGCAGCAGGGCUGCGAGGAGGAGGAAGAGUCCAGUCCCAGGCCAGGCUGGAGCUUGCCCCUGGUGGGCCAGGAUUACCUGGAGAUCCUCUCUGCCUGGUACUGCAGCUUCGGCAAGUGCUGCAAGACAGGAGACUGCAGGGUAGUCAACAAUAUCACAGGCCUAGAAGCAGACCUCCAGGGGCAGCUCCACGGGCAGCAUUUGGCCAAAGAAGUGGUUGUCCAGGCGGUGCGAGGGUUCCUGCAGAGCCCACGGCCAGAGAAGCCUCUGGUCCUCUCCUUCCACGGCUGGUCCGGCACAGGCAAGAACUUUGUGGCUCGGAUGGUGGCCAGUCACCUUUACCGGGAUGGGAUGAAGAGUGAGUGUGUCAGGCUGUUCAUCUCGCUUUUCCACUUCCCCCAUCACAAGUACGUGGACUCAUACAAGGCUCAGCUGAAGAAGCAGAUAAGCGAGACUCUGCAGCUCUGCAAGCAGUCCUUGUUCAUCUUCGACGAGGCAGAGAAACUUCAUUUCAGCCUCCUGGAUGCCAUCAAGCCUUUCAUGGCCCACUACGACAACGAGGGCCAGGUGGAUUCCCGGAGAUCCAUCUUCCUCUUCCUCAGCAAUCUCGGUGGAAACACCAUCAAUGAGGUAGCCCUGGACUUCUGGCGAGCUGGCCGGGCACGGGAGGAGAUCUCCAUGGAGUUCCUGGAGCAGCGGCUGCGGCUGGAGCUGCAGGAGUCUGCAGAGAACGGUUAUGCCCGCAGCCACCUCCUCGAAGAGAACCUCAUUGAUUUCUUCGUGCCGUUCCUGCCUCUGGAGUACCACCACGUGAAGCUCUGUGCGCGGGAUGCUUUCCUGGCCCGUGGACUUCCUUACACUGAAGCAGCCCUCGACGAGGUGGCCAGGAUGAUGGUGUUUGUCCCCAAAGAGGAGAAGCUUUACUCUGCGCAGGGAUGUAAAUCUGUAUCCCAGCGCAUCAAUUACUUCCUUCCUUGAACACCAUGUGGGAGGACUACCCCAGUGGUGAAGGUGGUUCUGCACACCAGGACCUGCAUUCCUUGCGUAAGGUCGGGCAAGCAGAUUGCACUAGCACAGGGGCAGAGACUUAACCCCUUGUUACUGCGAGGGCUGUUGGCAGGGAAGGAGGUGCACCCUGCCCAGCCUUACUCGUGGGACAUGGGCACAGCCUGCGCUUGGCUGCGUUUGGAGUCUGUCCGGUGUUUUAAAGUCCCUUCUUUUAGCAGGCAGUAACCUGAAGUGGUGAUUUGGUUGUGCUGACAGAUGCUUUGUCUCAUGUGAGCGGGGAUGUCCAAGUCCGUGGUUUGUUACCGUGUAACAAAGGCCUUGGACAGAUGGGUCCUGUUGAGACAGCCCUGGCAGAAGCCACAUCCUCAUCCCAGUCCCUGCUUUCCUCUGUCACUUUACAAGAUUGCACAGAACUGUUUUGCUGGAGUUGAGGGUUUUUUCUCUAUUGCUUUCCCGCAUUCACGCGGAGUCUGCCUCUCACCUGCAAGGAUCGUGGUUUGUGCAGGGAGGCCCUUGCGUAGGGAAAACGACUGAAUAAUCUCCGCUGGAGAUAUCAAAUCCAUAACCUCUCGCUUUGGAGUGUCCCUCUCUCGUCGGAGUCUUUCGUUGUAUGGAAGCAGCUGCGGGGAUGAAGUGAACUUCUGCUGAAAUUUUCCGAAGCAGUUUGGUGAAGAGUCUGUUUGUUUCCCCACAAAACAAAAAAGAGGAGACUAAUUCUCCUUUCGAGGGCGGUUGAGGAGGAUGUCGGCUGAGGAACAGGCUGCAAUUGCAGUCAGGUUUUCAGGGAUGCAGUAAGCUUGGGAUUUUUUUUCCUCGGGGUUUUUUUUUUUUUUUUUUUUCAGUAUGUUGCAUGCUAUGGUUUUUCUGUCUGGUAUCAGCAUUACUACACCAAGGUGCUGUUUGCUGUCUGGGUACUUGCCAGGUGAUAAGUACGUUACGGCAGGACCAAAAAAAUUUCAACAGCGUUACGGGAAUCGCUUUGUGACCUCUAGGUCAAAACUCCCUUCCAGCACCGCUGGGCUGGGGUGAUGAGGUGACACGGCACAUGCCAAGGACAGGGCUCAGCUCCCAUGGGACACCCCAUGCGUGGGACCUUUGAUCUAUUUGGAGCUUUGAACCUCUCUGGGGCGCCAGUGCUGAGCAGCACGACCUCUGGGAAAAGAUUGACCAGAUGCGCUUACUACGCCAGCAGACUUUGAGUUUGUGGUUCCCUGCGGGCGCGCUGGCACUGUUAUCUAACGAGGCUUCAGAGUCCAAGGCAGGAGGAUGAGCCGGCCGCUUCCUCGCUGCUCAACUGAUGCAACGUUAGUUUAAACUUACCUGGUGUCUCUAGACUGGCCCUUAGGGCCUGUGCCAGCGUGCGCGGUUAUCAGCAGGCAGCUCUUAGGCUUGGUUUCUCUCUUUCUUAAUCACAAGUGUCAAGCCUGAAGCUUCAGCCUGGGAAAGCGCAGAGGGAGGGUGGGUGCGCCCAAGGAAGGGAAGACGCGGCCCCAUGGAAGGACACAAUUUGGGUUGGUUUUUAUCGCCGGGGCAGAAAGUUUAGAAAGUUGUUAGUUAGUUGAAAGUUAGUUGCUUCGAAGGUUGUAUAAGCCAGGAUCACCUAUGAUUUUUUUAUUUUUUUUUUAAAUAGAAAAGAAUCUUCAGCUUGUCCGGGUUAGACUGAUGCUGUCUGGAGUGGAAGGGAGUCGCUUGGUCAGCCGUUUUGCUUAGGGGCUGGUAUGAAGCGGGCAUGUGAAGCAGUUCUUACUCUGUUCCUGAUGAAGGAGGUGGUGGUGGUGCUAACGAGGGUGAGUGUUAAACUAAUGACGCUCUGCCCGGUCACACCCAUGUAUGUCGGAGAAUUAAGCGAGCAUUUGAUUAUGCAACCCCAACAGCAAGCACCGCCCUCCUCUCGCCACUCCAACAGCAACGUUAAGAUUGAUUUUUCGAGGCAUAAAUAAAAAUACUACUUUUCCUUGCAAUCUGUCAGAAUUAAAUGGUUUUCCUUUUUAACAGGUUUGUAAUCAUCUUCUCUUUUCUACCCAGAAUAACAAACUUCAGGUUAGUACCCAGCAGCUUCAAAUAUUCCUUGAGGAAAAAAAAGCAGCAUACGCUGAAGUGUUUUUUUGCCAAUAAAAUAUUGCAACCUUUAUUUAAAACAAAAUGCAAAUUGGCAAAACUUUGUGGAACGACAGGCAAAGAGGCCCUUCAAAGGGCCUUAUUUACAUCAAGUUUAACACUGUUUGCAGUUCACAGUCAGACGAUAGUGAGAGAAUUAAAUUAGAAAAACAACCAAAAUAUAUUACAAUAACAAUUAAAAAUAAAAAUAG